AAUGGUUAAACAGCUGAGAAAUUGUUUCUGGCAGACCAACGGCAUUCUUUGAUCAACACUGGCGCAACCAGUGGGAAUCUUAUCUUGCACGUCGAGACCAAACAAUCUACUUGCACUCUUAAUUGAAGUUAAUAAUAAGAGUUAAACCGCUGACGUCAACAUGAUCACAACCCGAUCCUAGUGGAUAGUUCAAUUUAACCAAACUUCCUCUAUACCGAGUAAAUUAUAGUAAUAAUCAAGUUCAAGAAAUUUCAAGGACACUUAUUAUUACCACUCAUUGUUUCCACAACUAUAGGGGCAAGGAGGUAUUUUUGUUUUUUAAGUACUGUAGUGCGUGUAUUAUACGGAGGUGGAUAUAGAGUUGAUUGGUCGCGAAAAGCUUUAACAGCGCAAGUUCUACGAUGGUUGUUGUGGAGCCCAGAGGGAAAAAGGAAGCGACGAAAGGACAGAAGCAGGUAGUCACAGAAAACCGGGAUACGAUCCGCUUCUAUGUUAUUAUGUCGUCAAGUGGCAUAACUCUGUACCUGUUUGCCGCGAUAUUUAUCUUUACUGGCGGACUCACUAGUGGUCUAUUUACGAUUCUCUCGCUUACAGCUUUGGUUCAAGCUGGAUGUAUAUUUAUGAUGCAUAGUAUGGCUACACCUAUGUUUUCCGAGACAGGGCAAUUACUAGACGGAGGCACCGACCUCAAUAUGAAAAAUGGCUUUUGUGAGUAUUUGAAGGAUCUUGUGAUCCUAAGUUCGUUUGUUGAAGUUCUCGCUAUGUUCUCGAAUUACUUCUGGUGCCUCAUGCUUCUCGUACCGAUUUACGCGUUCUAUCUUCUGUGGAUUAAGAUUCUUGGUCCUUGGUUUUUUGCCCCUCCUGGGGAAGAGGAAGAACUCUCGGAAAAAAAGCAGAGGAAAUUGGAUCGUAAGAUGCGUCGAAUGCAAAGUCGCUAAAAUAAUGAGCUCAAUACAGUUAAUAUGAAUGAAUUAACUAAUAAUUCUUUAUUAACUAAAAAGGAAAACAUCGGGUGUGUGAGUGCAUGUAUGCGCGAAAAAAAAGCAUAAAUGCGAGAAUACAAGUUAUAGCUAAUAGUGGCGUUCGGUGUUCUUGAAUAUGACCGCCACCACAGAUCCAUCUUUAGAGAUCUUCGAAAGCUAAUUACCGCAUGUUUUUAAUACCUAUGCAACUGCCCCGGGCUGAUACAAAAGGUUAUAGUAGGGAAGCCUUGAAAUAAGUUUUUUUUUCUUAAAAUGAAAAUGACCAUGUACGAUGAAAAAUGUUGAAUUAAUUUAUAUAUGCUGUCAUAAGGUGUGUUGUUUGACGGUGAAUUUCUCAGCAAAUGCAUGGUAAUCAUAUAUAAUAAUAUCUCCGACAAACUGUGCUUUUCUCAUAAGACGACUCUUAGUAAAACAAUACGGAACUACUGGAUAAUGGUGUCUAAGGCAAGGGCUCGAAGUGACAUUUAGCAAUCAGUAUUGAUAGAAAAUACUAUAUUAAUGGAAAUGAACUGAAAUAUCGACACAUGGAAUUAAUAAGGUAAAAACCCAAGACAGGUUAAGCUUCCAUUGACAACUGUUUUUGACUGAAAAAUAUUAAAGGGGAAUAUACCGUCCUUUAAGACGGUGAACGCCAAAUGUUCUCAGACGUCUCGGAUGUUCCGACCCUGUGAUCUACCUGUAAUAAAAUA